AUGUCGGAAACCUUUCAAGUCCAGUGUCGAGGUCUACCGUGGGAAGCUACCGAAGAGGAUCUCCGAGGUUUUUUCGGAGGCAACGGGAUAGAAAGUGUGGAUAUUCCGAAGAGAAAUGGGCGUACUAGUGGAGACGCCACAGUCACUUUUAGCAAUGAAGAUGACUAUAAACUUGCUUUGAAAAAAGAUCGUGAGCAUCUGGGGUCCAGAUACAUAGAAGUUUUCCCAAUGAACUCAGCUCCAAGACGACGUGGUGAUCGUGAUGACUUUCGUCCGCGUGGUGGUGGCCCACCAAGAGAUCGAUAUUCGGAUAGAGGAGAGCAACAUAGAAGUGGGGGUACUGGAGGACCCGAUCCAAUCAUAAGGCUUCGAGGAUUGCCGUUUUCUGUCACAGCUCGAGAUAUCAACGAUUUCUUACAACCUCUUGGAAUUGUUAGGGACGGAAUUCUUCUUCCCGAUCAACAACGUGCUCGUCCCAGCGGCGAAGCGUACAUUGUUUUUGAUAUGCUAGAAAGUGUUCAAAUAGCGAAACAGCGACAUAUGAAGAACAUCGGGCAUCGUUAUAUUGAAGUCUUUGAAGCAACGCAUCGCGAGUUGCAAAGAUUUGCCGAUGACAACGGGCUUCGUGUUCCACGAAUGGGGCCAUCUCCAUUCAUCUCGUCUCCUCCAACUGCUGGACCACCAAGAGGAGCCUAUGAUCCGUAUAGUUCUACUGAUAGAUACCGUACUCAUAGUGGUGGAGACUAUCGUCGUUCGGAGCCUGAAGAUCCAUAUGGGCGGCCUCGUCCAGCUCCGGCUGCAUCAGACUAUGGAUCACGUGUGGGUUACGAUCCAUACCAACAAACUGCUCCUUCGUCCUAUCCAGCUCAACAACCAGCUAGUGGAUUUUACGAUAACUACUCAUCGAACCCGACCGGUUACGAAACUUAUGGACGUGAACGGGUUCCAGAUCCUCGUGACAUUGGGAGAGAUUCGAUUCGGGAUUCUAGAUUGUCUGAUUCAAGAUUAGGGGAUUCUAGACCACCAGUUGAUCCAUAUCCGGUGGAGUCAAGGUAUCCGGAUUAUGGCUAUGACUCCAGGGAUUCAAGAGAUUCUUAUUGGCGUGGAGGUGGGGCCAGUGAACCAAGACAUGGUAGUGGUGGAGUACCACCGGCACCUGCUUCAAGAGACCCUUAUUCAGUGGGAGAUUCAUGGGCGAGUGGAGGAGGGGCGGAUAGAGGAAGAGACUUGGCUUCUGAUAGAUCUCUAGAUCGGUACGGAAGUGGUGGUUAUACAAGUGAGCCAUAUGCACAGAGAGAAGCUGGGGGCGCCCUUCGUCGUUCAGAAUACGGACGUCCGGAUGAUCGUUAUAGUAGACCAGAUCCAUAUGGUGGACAUGGAAGAGAACGCGAACGUGACUACGGAAGUCACUCAACAAUGGCGCCUUCACAAAGUCAACACUUCGUUCUCCGUAUGCGUGGAGUACCAUUCCGUGCGACCGAAGAAGAUGUCUACGACUUUUUCCGUCCAAUCCGUCCAAAUAAAGUCGAGUUGAUUCGUGAUAAUCAAUUCCGAGCGAGUGGAGAUGCACGAGUCAUAUUCUUCAGUCGAAAGGAUUAUGAUGAAGCUUUGAUGAAGGACAAGCAGUAUAUGGGAGAAAGAUACAUAGAGAUGAUACCAGAUAAUGGAAGAUACUAA